UCAUCAUCUUUCUCAAGCUUAUCAGAAACUCCUUGAUGUCCAAUAAUGAAACAGGCCGUUCAUCUUCAAUUGGACAAACUUCGUUCUCGAAAUUUAUGGUGUACUUGUCUUUCGUGGGGCCUUUUCUAGGAGGAAUCCGGAUAUUACUCUAUCAAGUGCUGCUCCAAAACGACUGUAAUGCGACUUUAAGAGGGUCGCGUGUAUUUCGCUCUUUUAUGUCGUAUAAACCUCAUGUAAGCAUUUGAUUAGAUGCAAUGGCCGUAGGAUGGUUUAUGGUCUAUUAUAGUUGUCUCGUUUGUUCAAUCGGUCAUGAAAAGGCACUAGUAAUCC